AUGCCAUCUAUCAAGUUGACUGGAUCACUUAAGACCUCAGGCUCCAGCAUCAGACAGCAACAACGCUCAGAAGACCCACCCAUCUACUUUUUCCUCCAUCUACUCCCUUCAGUUCCACUACUUGAAGAUGAUUCAGUCCUGUCCACCCACACCUGGUCUUAUCACGAAAAUGGAGAAACACCCAUCCCACACCAUCAUUGCGAGUAUCUUGGUCUACCUACCAAGCUCAAUGUGGAAUUCUCAAGCCGUGCACAUCGCUGGCCUAGCGAGACAUACAAAAACAUCCACAAAUGGCAGGUUGCAAGAGGCUUUGAUCCAACCACAGCUGAUUUUGCAUGUUACCUCAAAUAUCCCAUAUAUGAAGUUCUGCCAGAGUCAGAUGCAGGCCGGUUUGAAGAGCUGAACAUAGACCAAUCAGAAGCAUUGUCUGGUAGAUCACCUGCUGAGGAGAGGUUGUCCCAGGAUGAUCAACAACAAAAUUCUACAGUGAUGGCCUAUAAUACACUGGAAGAAGACACCAUGAGUGUAGACUGGCCGACAUCUGCUUCCUCCUUACACAAUAUCCCUUCUGAACUGUCAAUGUUCACUCAGUUACAACCAGGGGCUGGGGAUAACGUGUAUGAAGAUGUUGACAUGGAAGUAGACGAUUGGUAG